AUUCAAAGAACUGUUGAUUCAGUUCAGUUCUAUUCAAAGAACUGUUGGUUCAGUUCAGUUCUAUUCAAAAGAACUGUUAAUACAGUUCCUAAGAACGGAACUAAUAUGGAACUGUCCUACCCCUAAUUACAAGUGAUACAAGAUUGAUUAUUAUUAAUUGUAUUUAUUUUACGGUAAAUACUAGUGUUUUUUUAUUCAAGUUAAAAAUUUGUUGAAUUAUAGGGUACGUGGGUAAACGAAUUUCGUGAACAUUUAACAAAUAAACACGCUGAUUUUCAUGAAGCUAAUGGAAAGAUUUCCAAAGUGAAACUAAUGCAUAAGAGAGAUACAUAUGCUUAUGCUAAAAAUAAGGAUUUAGGUGUACAAAUUGUUCAUUUACCUUAUGAAAGUGAUAGUAGAGAUGUUCAAUUUGUUUUUACUGUUAUUUUACCAAAACAAGGUGUGUCAUUAUCUGAUGUGGAAAAAAAAUUAAUAUCAAAACCUGCUUUAAUGCAAGAUGUUUUAAAUCCUCAAAGUACAACAGAACAAAAACUUCUUUUAUAUUUACCAAAAUUUAAAAUGGAAGCAACAUUAACUUUAAAUGAUGUUCUUAAACAACUUGGGAUACAAGAUGCAUUUGAUCCAGGUAAUGCCGAUUUUACUGGUAUUGCUAGUAAACAAGAUGAUGUGAAUGGUUCAGAAGCUGCUGCUGCUACUGAUUGGUUUUCGGGGUUUACGGGGGGAAUGAUUGGCCAAAAUCCUGAUCCGAUCAUAUUCAAAGCUGAUCGACCAUUUUUAUUUUAUAUACGAGAAAUAAAACAAAAUCUCACAUUGUUUACCGGCAAAUUUGUCACAUGCACAAAUACAUCAUCCUAA